CGGGCUCUUACAAUUGCUCAUUGCGAAAUACUCGUAUUAUUGGAAUGAAUAGCGUGCACAGACUGCGAAACAUAUUGGACCAUUGUUUACCAAAUUGCUUUUCACUCAGAAACAAUUACCCAUUAAACUGGAAAGUGUGAUGGGAGAGAAAUUGAAGUUGAUAGCUUUGAUUGGAGCUGGAGCUUUACUGGGCUCUGCUGUUACUGUUCCUCUCUUGAAGCUUUUCCCCAGGUUGGUUACACAUGAGGAUAUCAAAGGGCCAAUUAAAGCUAAUGGUCCUAAUCUUGUCCAGGGAAAAAAACCUCAUAUGACAACUCCUGACUUGCUAAAUGAUGAAGUAGUCUGUGAACAGUUAACCAGGAAUAUUCAAUUCUUUGGGCUUGACUCCCAAAAAAAAGUUACUGCAUCAUAUGUUGUGGUAAUUGGACUAGGAGGAGUUGGGAGUCAUGCUGCAGCUAUGCUUUUGAGGUCUGGAGUUGGCAGGCUACUGCUUGUGGACUUUGACCAGGUGACAGUUUCAUCGCUGAACAGACAUGCCGUUGCAACAAGAGAGGAUGUUGGUACCCCUAAAGCCUUUUGCCUUGAGAAACAUUUCCAGUCCAUUUUACCAGAGUGUCGUGUUGAUGCUAGAGUUCUGUUAUAUGAUUCCUCUUCUGAAGAAGAAAUUCUUUCGGGCAAUCCUGAUUUUGUCUUGGACUGUAUUGAUAACAUUGACACAAAGGUGUCACUUCUUGCUGCAUGUGUGCGUCGGGGUUUAAAAGUAAUUUCCGCAACAGGAGCUGGGGCACGAAUGGAUCCCACUAGAAUACGUGUGGCUGACCUGAGAGAGUCAACUAAUGAUCCACUAUCUCGAGCUGUAAGACAUCGGUUGAGGAAAGAUCAUGGGAUUGAUGGUGGCAUUCCAGUAGUAUUCUCAUUAGAAAAACCUAAAGUCAAACUGCUUCCCUUUAAAGGAACAAGUGAAGAGGAAGAGAAUCCAUCAGAUUACCAAAUAGUACCCGGUUUCAGGGUUCGGAUCAUUCCAGUUCUAGGACAGAUACCCGCAAUUUUUGGGCAAGUCAUGGCUUCAUACGUUGUGACACAACUUGCUGGGGUCAAAGUUCAGAUGGAGCCCGUGGUCAAUUUCGACAUAGAUCAUUACCAUACAUUGCACCAGCGUCUCAUUGAGCAUGAAGAGUUGAUAUAUGGAACAUCCAUGCAAGUUGAGGUGGAUGUAGAAGAAGUUAUGUAUGUUGCUAAAGAGUUAUGGCAUGGGAGAAGUGCAAGGGAUCUAACGGUUAAAAAUGUUGGACGUGCAAUGUGGCGCUCAAUCAAUGAAUUGAUGCUUGUGAGAUGGGACAAGAGAAAGCCAGCAUCUGUGGCGAACUUGAUCCUUUUAAGAUUUAACGAGGCUGAAGAACACGAGUCCAAGUCGCUGGAAGAUAUAAAGGACAGAGAGCCAGAAUUCUUUCACAGGGUGAUAUCUGUGCUAAAGAAAGCUGAGCUGGACUUCAGCUUGUCAUUCCUACACUAACCAGGACACGUGUGUGGUGUAAGCUUAUUUUUCUUUUAAUCUUUGCGGUUGCAGUUCUGGCCUAUGUUGUGGACACAUCACAGUUGACCUUUUUAUUAUUAUUAUUAUUAUUAUUUUGAUAGAUUAUUAUUAUUAUUAUUACUAUUUGUUCUUACUGAGAUUUUGUCAAACAAUACUUGAAAAAUCUAAAAUUUGAGUGAACCAAAGAUCUCCAUCCUGGGGCAGCCCGUUUGCAUGAAAGUUUUUAAGAGGUGCUUGCUUUUA